CACAACUACAGCAAGGACACAAGCAGGACGACGCCGCGGAGCAGGAGGUUCAUCACCAGCCGCAGCAGCUUUUUGCACGCGGAGAAAAAAUGCCCGGGGUAAAAAUUCUUGCUGGAACAACAUCUGCGUCUGCAGCAAAUGCAGCACAACCACAACAAGCACAGGAGGACAAUGAAAUCUCCAGCAAUGCACAAACCAACUACAGAAUAAAUACCGACAGCAAGAAAAAGGUCCACGACCUCUCGUCGCCGUCCGCGUCCGCCAGUUAUAAUUUCGGCAGCUCCACAUCCUCUUGCGAUGUUGAAAGAAUCGAUUCAGGGACCAAAACCCCAACCACCACCCGGACAACCAACACAACGUGCUGGUUGAUGAACAAUAAUCAUGCCAACAAGAACAACUGCAUCCAGAUUCGCGGCCGGUCGGGCAGUCCAGAUUUGAACUUAGGUAGAAUGUACUGGGCGCCCACGUACACUUAUUUUGAAGCUGCCGCGGAGGAGGACGACGAGGAGACGAAAGAAGCGCUGGGUAGCUGUUUCCUGGACAAGGAGCCCGUAAUCAAGCAGAAUUUGUGGUUUUUCCCCCACGAUUUAGACAUCGACACGAUUCUGCCGAAGAGUUGCGACAAAAUCUUCUCAUCUUCUGCAGGUGGGAAAAACAUAAACAAGAACCGAAGUAAUAAAGAGGACAACAGCAGCUCCAGCUCCUGCAGAAAUGAUCCCGACGUAGUUCUACUUGACAAAACGAAAACAACCAGCAGCAACAGAAAUUCAUCUUCUACAUCCGAACUACAUAACAAAAAAGCUAUGCAAUGCAAAAGCAUCGUACUAGUAUAAAUUGCAUUACAAAUUGGCCCAGCAUUACAAAUUGAAUUUGUAAUGCUGAUUUGCUUUGAGAAAGAGAUUUGUGAUGCAUAAAUGCAAUUAGUACGAGUACGAUACUUUUGCACAGGAUAAAAGCAAACCAGCAGCAAUUUCUCGACGAGCACCGGUCAACAAUCGAGAAAUCCACGGAGAUAUGCAUUGCAAACAUGUCUGGGUGUGCUGGAAACUUGUGAUGCAAGUCAGUGAACAAUAAAGUGAACUGCAAUGCGCAGGCGCAGCCAAGCACGACGCGUCUUUUCACGCUUCUGUGCUGCGUAUCCCGCAUGAGAAUCUGCGUUUUUGCAUGACAGGCGAGAGAUGCUGUUCCGAUGGCAUCACGCAAUACAGAGUGCAGAGUCAUGCCAGACUAGCAUGACAAAUAUUGCAAUCUUCCAGACCCAGACAUAUUUGAAUUUGAUACGAAAUCCAAGCGGAGUUGGUUUUCGAGUUUGCGAAUCAGUGGCUGAAGGAGCA